UUCUCUCUCUCUCUCUCUCUCUCUCACACACACACACACACACACACAAAAGAACACACAGACACUCUGCUUUCAUUUCGACGGAAGUUGUGGAGGAUAAAAUGUCCAGCUACUCGCGGGUUAUCCAUCACGCUACGAGUAUCCUGUGCAGCCAUAAAGGCUCCAUGGAGCUGUCUCAGCUCCACAGGAAGGUCUACCAGCGGUUUGAUAUCAGUGACGAGCACUUCUGGUACAUACUGAAAAAAUGUCCGAGAUUCGCAGUGGUGCGGAACAAACUGGGUGCAGAAAAAGGCGAGGCGGAUUAUAUCGUAGUGGCCAAAACAUCUCUGCGCCUGUGUAAAAAUUACGCCAAGCAGGACUGCUUCGGCUGCCAGGACCUGCAUCUGUGCAAAUAUUUCGUUUAUGGAAACUGCCGCUAUGGUAAAGGAAGGAAGGAAUGUAAGUUCUCCCAUAACAUUCAGUCUGAGCAUAACUUUCCCCUGCUCCGUGAGUGCACUCUUCACGAGCUUCAUGAGGAAGACCUCUUCCUCCUCCUGCUACAGAACGACCCUGCACUACUACCUGAGGUGUGCUCCCACUACAAUAAGGGUUCGGGGCUGUUCGGGUCCUGCACCUUUAAGGAAAACUGCACUAAAGUGCACAUGUGCCAGCACUUUGUGCAGGGCGAUUGCAUCUUCGGUACCAAGUGCAAGCGGCUUCACCGCGUAGACGAGUACAGCCGCAGGAUGCUGGAGGAGCGCGGCCUCGGCAACGACAUCAUCCAGGACCUGCCCUACCUCUACCAGAACGUUUACUACCUGAGCGCCAAUGCUGCAGAUGCAGAGAGGAUUUCUGAGCCAGUAAGCAGAUCCUUAGAACUGGUAGAAGAGAAGAAUGAAAUUUGUCUCCACUUCAUUAGAAGAAACUGCAGAUUUCAGGAGCAGUGCAAACUGGUGCAUUUUAAUCUGCCGUAUAAAUGGGAGGUGAACGAGGGGAAUGGAUGGAGGGACCUGCGAGGGAUGGAGGAGAUUGAGCGAGCCUUCUGCGACCCGAAGAACAUAUUCGGUCCAGGCUCGAAGCCGGUGGAUUUUCAGACGAUGACCAGGUCUGGGCAUCCAGUGCGCCGUCUCUCCACAGUCUCGUCCAUCACCAAGCCCUCACACUACGUCCUGACCACGCGGUGGGUGUGGUACUACAAGGGGGACCACGAUAACUGGAUCGAGUACGGCAGGCCGGACGAUAAGCACCGUGUGACAUCUGUAAAGUCCAGCGAUCUGGAGGAAGCGUUUCUGACGGACAGCAACGCUGAGGUCACGGUUAUAAAGGGCAACAGACAUUACUUUGUCAGUUUCCAAGAUAUGUACCAGAGAAACCCCAAACACAACACCAAGAGGAAAGUACGCCGGCGGCCAUGCUUCGUUUCCAUCAGCGAGGUGGAAAGUCAAAUAGCAUAGUGAAAUACACACGCGCACGCACACACAGAUGUGCAUAUACCUACUGAUAUUUGAUUCUGUACAGCACUGAGCGACAGUCCAUGGUGUGUCCUUACACUUUGAGUACAUUCUCAAUGCACAGUGACGGACUAUAGUGGAAAUGUUUAUAUAAAGACUUUGAGCCAUGAGGGAAGUCGAAAUGAAGUGUAACCAUCACGUUAGCGUUAACAAAAUACUAUAUUGGCAAACAGUGGAUUAUGUUAGAAUUUACAAUAUGUUACAUUUAAAAAAAAAACAAAAAAAAAACACAUAUGUAAAUGGUGUACGGGUUAAAAAUGUUAUCUUUUAUCCUUAAACCAAACAUUUCUCAGUACAAAAGUGCCCGGUUACGGCUCUGAAUCAUUUUGUUAUUAAUGAAUAUAAAUAAUUAGUACAUAUUACUCUUCCCUGUCAAUCAGAGUGGCGUUCGCCAAUAGUGGCCAUCAGUGAGCUCAUGUAUGUGGAAGAGGGCUGAUUGCUCUUAGCUCUGAGCAGCAGUUUGAAUAGAUUCUGUUGGCUGGCUUGAUAUGUUUGAGGAAGAUAUGUUUAGUAGUAGGGCUUUUCGAGUUGUUAUUUGUUUUUCCCCCCUCAGUGUAUCACAGGUCGCGUUGUGAUGUUCGGUGAAUGCAGAAUGAACUACAGUUCCGUUGCCGAAAUAUUUUCUGCUUUGUUUUGUAACCAUGUGUUGGUUUAUUUUUUUAUUGAACAGUAUUUCAUUGUGAGAGAGUGGUUCAUUUCUGUAACCAUCAACAAUAAAUUUUUCCUGCCAUUCUUGA